AUGUAUGAAGAGAAACACGGUCUCCUUUAUGCGCUCAACACGUUCUCCUUCACAGAUGAGGAGUCGAUGCGCCUCUGGAUCUCCUGUCGCUCACAGAAUCAACGCCGGCAAAUUCGCAGCUUCAAGAUCGCUCGCUCCAUGGCAGGCUACCACAAAUCGCCUCACAAAAUCCGACUCGCCACAGUGUUCCCGCAGCUUCAAACCAUCCACAUCGACCUCUGGCAUGUCGUGAACAUGGACAUGGACGACCUGGACGGCUCGAGUCAAGAGGACAUUUCGUGCAUGGUGGCUUCGGAAAAGUCGCUGAUACAAAAGAACGAAGACGAGAGCGUGAAGAUUGUUGGAGACUGGCUACAAGCUGCAUAA